GGACAUUGGGAAGCGCCUGGAGGUACGGCGGAAGGUGGACGCCUGCCUGGGGAAAGCCAACUACAUCAGCCGGCUGGAGCACGCGCAGGCCAGGCUGACGCUAUCCUACAACAGGCGGGGGGACUUGGCCAUCCACCUCGUCAGUCCCAUGGGCACCCGCUCCACCCUGCUGGCUGCCAGGCCCCACGACUUCUCAGCUGAUGGCUUCAAUGACUGGGCCUUCAUGACGACACACUCAUGGGAUGAGGACCCCUCCGGGGAAUGGGUGCUGGAGAUCGAGAACACCAGCGAUGCCAACAACUACGGCACACUGACCAAGUUCACGCUCGUGCUGUACGGGACGGCCACCGACUCCCCCAGCCUCUCCAACCAGCUGGAGAGCAGUGGCUGCAAGACCCUGACCCCCAGCCAGACCUGUGUGGUCUGCGAGGAGGGGUACUACCUGCACCAGAAAAGCUGCCUGAAGCGCUGCCCUCCCGGCUUUGCGCCUGGUGUCCAGAGCACACACUACAACCUGGAGAACAGCGUGGAGCCCAUUGCACCACACCUCUGCCUGCCCUGCCACCCCUCCUGUGCCACCUGCACGGGGCCCGGUCCCAACCAGUGCCUGACCUGCCCUGCGCACUCCCACUUCAGCAGCCUGGACCUCUCCUACCUGCCCGUCCUCAUUGCCAGCCUCAGCUGUGUCCUCAUCGUCGUCAUCUUUGUCACCGUCUUCCUGGUGCUGCAGGCGCGCUCAGGCUUCAGCCUGCGGGGCGUGAAGGUCUACGCACUGGAUAGCGGGAUCAUCUCCUACAAGGGGCUCCCCUCCGACAUCUGGCAGGAGGAGGGCCCAUCUGAGUCGGACGGUGAGGAGUACGAGGCCCACAGCGAGAGGACUGCCUUCAUCAGAGACCAAA